UGAAAGUUGUACUUGUUUAUGAACUGAAUUUGGAUUUAUUUCAAUUUUCAACUAACGGUCAAAGCAAUCUUCAAUCGUUUUAAAGUUUGUUCUAACUUGAAAAUUGGAAUAUUAAAACAGCAUUACCGUCAUAUCAAAGAAAAUGAUAAAAACUAAAAAAUGGUCUGGUGGAACUGAAGAGGAGUAUGAAACCCAGCACUUUGGUUUUGGGUCUCAACGACUGAAAAUAGCGGUUCGACAAAUGGUAGAAGAUAAGAUACGCGCAUCUGUUACAAAGGCUUUUUAUGGUGUUCACAAUACUUUGGGAUUAAACGAAACUGAUGAAGUUUUAUUAGCCCAUACACGCGAGAAACUUAUUCGUCUGUAUUGUGAUAAAGCUAGUGCAGCAUUGAUUGUUAUUGAUACUGAAAUUGAAAAAAUGCUAAAGAUACCGCCAAAUGUACUUUUACCAGAAGAUGAAGAGCAGUCCAAGCAGAUUUCUGAAACAGAGUAUAACUCAUUGAAUGAAGAAGUAAAUAAUCUCAAGAAAAAAGUGCUGCGGGGUGCAUUAAUGGAAUCUUGGUUAUCUAAAGAAGAUAAAGAGUUAUCGUCUAUUGAGGAUGUUUUAGAACUUACAAAAAAAGAUAUGGAAGUGGUUGAUGCGAUGCAAAGGAAUUUAGAAAGUCCAGAUGUAGUUAAAGCUAUGAUCAACAAAGUUCAAUUUUUAAGUGCAAGAUUGCCAUUUAUUGAAAUUGAUGAUAAAUUGUAUAAAGAUUAGGGUAAGUGAAUUAUAACAAUAAUUAGUGAAUAAUAUAAUAAUAUAAAUAAAUAAAAGAUUAAAAUAAAGACUUAGUUUUAGUAGUAGUAUGCUCCUAUACCCAAUGUAUGUUAUGUGUGCUAAUAAGGCAGGUUAAUUCAAAUAUUUAUUUUGUCUCUAGCUGUAAAAUCAGUACAUUCUCAGUACAUAUUUACAAUCUGUAUUGUUUAUAGUUUUUAUAACAUACUAACACUUCUGGUGAUUCCUGCAUAGGUAUUGGUAUCAUAAAAACAUAGUAACAGGUACUUUUUAUUUUUUGUAAAAACACAUCUUACAUCAUCUAUAACUGAGAACAACAACAUUUAUUUCAUUCUAUUACACAAACUUAUUUAACAUUUAUGAGUUCCUCUAUAAAAUAUAUUUUCAUAAAUGAAAACAUAGUCUAAAAGGUUUAUAUAGCUUGGCACAAUUACUAUCUGCAAGUAAAGUUAAAAAUGUAAAUCAAUUUUUAACAUACUAUCUACCAACAUCAUUAGUUCUUAUUAAAAAUUACCAAAUACAAUUUGUAUGUAUUGUCACAACAUAAUUUUAUAUCGACAUCAAAGUACCAUCAGCAUAUUACAAAAUUUAAAAUGAAUAAUUCAUAAUGCACAUACACUGCCUAAUUUUGUCUAUAAUAAUAAAAACAUUACUACAUUCAUAAACUUAAUGAUCAAUCAUUUCCAUUUUAUAAAUUGGUCAAUUCGACAGUUUGGUCUAAUGGUUAAUGGUUUGUGGACUCAUUCUCUGCACUUAGAGGCUCACUAGGUCUGUUGUACGUAAGUCCUGGCUAACUAAGCAAGCCUAACUCCUUCCAAAAGCCCAGAAGCUUCCUGGGGACUUCACAGGUUUCACGGUGCGACCUCACCGUUCCGAGGAUUCAGUUUGGUCUAAUUUGUGGUCAUAAAUAUUAAAACCAUAUUUAAAUCCCAAAUUGUAUCUGGCAUUGGAUCUAAUCCUAAUAAAAACUAUUUAUAUCACAUUUAUGUCUUACAAUUCUAUGAAAAAGUAACAUUUACAAAAAUAAUGAGCAUAUUGAUGCUGAAUUUACUAAGACAUCAACUAACACUUAGGUUACAACAACAUGACAAGCAUGACCAUAUAAGGAAUGUUUAUUGAGCCUGUAUGGCCAAUUUCAAUAACUAGCUUACAUUACAAUUGUCACAUAAAAUUAUACUGCUAGCUAAUUUACAAAUAGACAUGAAAAAGCUAAAAUGUUCUGCGUAACAUAGAAAAUUAUUUUCAUUUAAAGUCGUUAUUUCUGUCUUGUAGAACAUUAUUGAAACAACGAUUUGAAUUUUUGUGUUUACAAAAAUAUAUUUUUGUAAGAA